AUGUGUGAAGAAUUCAAGUUAUUAAAACAAGGUGCUGAAGCUAAGUUGUUAGUGUGCAACUAUUUAGGAAAACCAACGCUUAUUAAGGAACGGUUUCAAAAGAAUUAUCGACAUCCAGAUUUAGAUGAGGCUAUAACAAAAGAGAGAAUUAAGAAUGAAGCCCGAUCAAUUGUUCGCUGUAAGGCAAUUGGUGUUAAAACUCCAACUUUAUAUUUAGUUGAUUUUGACCGAAGGCGUAUAUAUAUGCAGCAUUUUGAAAAUAGUAUUACAGCAAAAGAUUUUAUCAUAAACACUAAAAAGCUUGAAACAGGCGAUGGAUCAGAUAACCUUAAUAUACUUUCCCAAAAAAUUGGAGAGACAGUGCGAAAGUUGCAUGAAAAUAGUAUUAUUCAUGGUGAUUUGACUACCUCCAAUAUUCUAAUUAUUAAAAAAAAUCCUGCCUCCAAUGUUUCAAAAUCUUUGGAACAGGAUAACAUGGAAUUAGUAAUGAUUGAUUUUGGCUUGUCUCAUACAUCAUCUAAUGCAGAAGAUAUGGGUGUAGAUUUAUAUGUGUUAGAAAGAGCUAUUAUAAGCACACAUAAUGACUGUCCAGAUUUGUUUCCUAGAAUUUUAGAAUCUUAUCAAAACAUUAAAACAAAGAAUAAAUCUUAUAACAUUAGGGAAGUUAUAAAUAAAUUUGAAGAAGUUAGAGCCAGGGGCAGAAAGAGGACUAUGGUUGGUUAA